UACCUGCCUCGAUCUCGAUUUAAUGUGAGCGGCUGAGAUCUUUCUGACUGUAAUCAAACGUUUGUAAACGAUUCUGCACCGUAGAUUUUUAACUGCUACUGUAUCGACCUCGGACUUUUUCAGGCUUGAACGUCUUCGGCAUUUGCUCUUUCAGCGUUAGGAAUGUAAAAUUGGGGGAAAAAAAAACGACCUGAUGACCCUGCCAGAAGUUUAGUGUAUUAUACAGAGAAGCUUGAAAUGUAUUAAAUAUGCAGCUCAUUGUGCUUUAGACUGCCUUUAUUUCAUCUCAUUUCUGCAUUUUAUUGAGUACUUACUUGACUGUCUGCGUUACAGCAAAAUGGUUCAGGUUAAUAAAAAGCGCACCAUAUUUCCAGCCGCUCCAUCCGAAGUUCAACAGAUCAAACUGUCGUGCUCAGAUUUAGCAAUGGUGUUCGCCCACUACAUUCAAAAAGGCCUCCUCUAUCAAACCCCUGCGGAUGAUUUCCCCUCUUAUGUAGAGGGUCUUGUCGAAAGGCUGUCUGAGGUUCUGGUAAAAUUUUAUCCUUUGGCCGGCCGGUUAACAACUAGUCCUCUGGAUGGAGGUAUUUACAUCCUCUGCAACGAUUCGGGCGUCGAAUUCAUCGAAGCCACAGCAAAAGACGUAAGUAUUGCGGAUCUGACCACAGCAGAAGUUACACCAGCUGUCGAAGAACUUUUUGCCCUCCAUGGGGCCGUCAAUUUUGAAGGCCAUCGCCUUCCGUUGCUCGUAAUCCAGGUAACUCAGCUGAAAGACGGGGUUGCCGUGUGUUGCACGCUCAACCACGCCAUAGCCGACGGCGCUUCGUUCUGGGAUUUCUUUAAUUCGUGGUCACAUCUCUGCAGAACAAACGGCAACAAAAUUCCUGUUAACCCCAUUUACGACCGUUCUCUGCUAGAGCCUCCUGGAUCUGCAGUUAGACUUGGCCUUGAUCCGGACGGUCACGUUCCACGGUUUUGCCCGCCUCCACUGCGGGUAAAAUUGUUCCAUUUCACCGCCCAUACGAUCAGCCGCUUAAAGGAGCAGGCAAACCAGGAUUCACCAUUAACGAUCUCUUCCUUCCAGGCGUUGAGCGCACACGUGUGGCGGGCAGUCACGCGUGCCCGGAGGCUCUGCCCAGACGAACUCACGACAUUUCGUGUUUCUGUCAAUUGUCGGCAUCGGCUUCUUCCUAAGGUGCCUAGCUCUUACUUUGGCAAUGUUGUUCAGAGCAUACGCGUGACCGCCACAUCUGGGGAGCUUAACAGUUUGCCUCUUUCUUUCCCGGCGGGUUUGUUGAACGAUCUAAUUGCAGGUCAUAUGGACGGGGUUAUUAGGGAAAAGAUUGUUAACUGGUAUAAGGAGCCGGUGGUGUAUAAGCUGGAUGCGUUUGAAAAGAAUUGUUUGAUGAUGGGGAGUUCUCCGCGGUUUGAGAUGUAUGAGAAUGAUUUUGGGUGGGGACGACCCGUGGCGGUUAGGAGUGGGACCGCUAACCGUUUCGACGGGAAGAUGUCUGCUUAUCCCGGUCGAGAAGGCGGAGGAAGUGUUGAAUUAGAGAUUUGUCUUCCUCCACCUGUAAUGAGUGCUUUGGAAAGUGACCCUGAUUUUAGUUGUCCCUCAUCCUUGAUUUAAUCCAAGCCAUUUCUCACCCAUUUCUACCAUGUUGGGGACUUUUGAAUUGAAUCUUCAAUAGAGAUACUCUUAAUUUUUGUAUGAAAGUAUGUGGCACUAACUUUCUACAAUAAAUAUAAAAUACAAAUCUUUUUUAAA